AUGGUAAAGUGGCUGAGUGAUGAAGAGGAAUGUAUGGAGACGGAAGAGUUGUUUGGGGUGAAGUUGAAGGCAUAUCACUUUGCAGAGCUUCUUGCAUGGGUGCAGAAUGGAGGAUCGUUGGUUAAGCCGAAGAAAGGAGCAGCAAAGGAUGCAUCUGCGGCGACUUCUAGCACAUCCAAGAAAGCAUCUACAUCAAAGAAGCCUGCUGGAUCUGCUAAGAAGGUGGCCACUUCCAAGAGUGGAUCUUCCAAGCGCAAAUAUAGUUUGAAUCUUUUCGGUCUUUUGGGUGCACUGGUUCUUUCCUAUUAUCUGGAUGGUCUUGCUGGCAACUUGAGCUUUUUGGCCUACAUGAUUGCUCUCACUGGACUGAGUUCUCAGUUAGCUCUGCUUUUGUGGAUGACAUUCUUGAUUCCACAUGUCUUAGCAAGCCCACAGUCUGCUCCAUUCCCAGACAUAAGCUUUCAAGACUUUAGUGACUUCAUUAUCAACAACUUUGGUGAAAAAAUAUCUCUGCCAACAGUUUUCAUGAUGUUGCUGUCAAUGACCAACAAUACAGAGCUUCUCUCUCUCAAUUUUAAACAAAACCCUGGACCUAAGGCAACAUCAUGGAUUAAGUGUUUAGCACGUGCAAUUAUUGAACAACUUGGUGACAAUGAUGCAGAAACCCUAUUCUCAGAACAUGAGCUAUCCAUGUUUAAAAAUGCAACUGCUAGAGAGAGUAAUGUUUCAUCAUUAGCUGUGAAACUUGGUGGAUUCUCACAUUUAUUGGGCCUUUACCCAUACAAUAAUAAACAAAAAUUCACUGGUACUUUGAAGCACAUAUCACACAGUUCCAUUCAACCAGCACUGUUGAUUUGCCCAAACUCUUCUGUCUGUUUAACUGCAGGCUAUCAUGAACGUACAGCUUCAACUGUGAAUACUGAAGCUAUGCAAUUAUAUCUGAACUCUGAGCAGAUAAUGAUCACAGGAGGUUAG